UUAAACUCGAGAAAUAAGAGCUAAAGCUUUGAACAGAAAAGUUUAAAACAUGUAUAAAGUACAUCUUUUAAUUUUAUUUAACGUUUUCCUUAUUGCAGAAGGGUUUGAGGACAUAGCGUUUGCAGAUGAAUCGACGUUUGCGCAUAAUUAUGUGAGAGCUUUGCACUUGGUGUCGCCCUUGGUUUGGGAUGAAGGGUUAGCGUCUAUGGCAGAGCAGUACAGUAAAGUUUUGAGCCAUAAAGGAACAUUUAUGGAAAAAUCUAAAAAUGCUCAAAGUGGCUAUGUAGGAGAGAAUAUAUUUAAAGGUUUCGAUCGAUUGAAAUUUCCUAAGACCAUGGCUGACGCAGUUUACUUUUGGUACUACGAGAUUAAUGGUUAUCCAUUUGAUAGCGAUAACCCUGACGAUGAGAAACACGGACAUUUUACUCAAGUAGUCUGGAAUUCUACAACUCGAGUAGGCUGCGGUCGUGUCACUAAAGAAGAGUAUGGUGGAUUAAUGACCUAUAUUGUCUGUAACUACACUCCUAAAGGAAAUAUUCACGGGAUGUUUAAAGUUAAUGUUUUGCCUCUAGCUAACAACGAACCAGUUUUAUCUGCUGAUCAGCUUCACUCACUAACAGGAUGUGUGGAUAUUCAUAAAGAUUGCGAAAAGUGGGUAGGCGUAUGUCGUCAAGAAAUAUUUAAAAACGCAAUGCUGAAAUACUGUAAAAAAACAUGCAAUAUUUUGGUGCUUUCACCUUCACCAUCCUCAUUGGAAAAAAUCCUAUAGGCGUCUAUGCUAAUU